UGCUGUUGAGAUACUUUGCAACAAUGCUAGGCAACACAAUAUUGGGAAAUGGGUCUUGGUCAUCCCUCUGAUUCACCUUCUGAGAGGAGACAUCAAGCCAUUUGAACCAGUUCCACCUGUCUCGAAUCCACAGUUUGACCCCUGGUCAGGCUUGAUGGGGAGCAAAGGAACACAUUACAACAGGGACGAUUAUGCAAGGAGUGUGAUCCGGAUCAUGAAAGACCAUGCAUACCUGACGGACAUUGAUCGUCUUCUUGUGACCUCUUGGAUGUCUUUGGUGCGCCUGGCUGAUCUAACAAAUUUCAUAUCCAUGGUGAAAGUGGAUCUUCUUGACAUUCUUCAUUACAUAGAGAUCAGUACCAAAUCUGGAAUAACUUACUCCAACUACAUGCAUUUGGAAGAAUUGGCAUUGUAUCUCAUCAACAGAGAAAGCAAUCGCUGUAAAAGCUUUGAUGACAAAUAUGGAGAGUGUUGCCUGAAAACCGCAGUAAGGCUUCUUGGUUCUAUUUGCCGUCACACAACAGAUCCAGGCCUCAGUGAUGUUCCUAUUAACUUCCUUGAUUUGGUCUGUCUGAUUGAUAAGGCAUGCGAUCACACUGAUUCCAAGGUGAGACUCACCUGUCAGACUUUUGGACAGGCCACACUUUUAUGUUUCCAUACCAAGCCAUAG